CGGAGUCAACAUAAGUUCGAGAGCGAUCAAAUGGAGAGGGUUGCCAGGUACGUGGCGGAGCGCGGAGCCGAUGUGCCUGGCACGGGUGGUGUGAGGGGAGGAGAGGCGGGGCGGCAGCCCGUGGAGGGAGCGUCAGGAGGGGUCGGGGGAGAUGGUGGAGGUGGAGACACGGAGGAGGGCGCGAUCGACGUCGAUCGUGAGGUGCGUGUCCCGGGCGAGCAGGGAAUCCCGGGACACGAGGACGUGCCUGAGGUUUAUCCAGGCACUGGGGAGAGGAUGGAGGACUUUUUGAGGCGAGCAGCCAAGGGACCUGUAGGGGAGGGUUCUUCCAAGAGGAAGGAAGGUGGAACAGAUCCGGCCGCCGCGCCAGCUGGGAAGAGGCAUCGCCAGCAGAAGGUCACUGACGUCUAUGGUGGCGAGUGGGUUGCUCGCCACAAGAAGACAUUCCUUCGCUGGCUCUAUUCCAUCAGGGUCCCCUUCAAUGCCUUCCGUAACCAGGCUUGGAAGGCAUACCAGCAGGUCCUUCUUGAGCAACCUGGCAGUUCCCCGCGCGCUGUGCUCCCCAGCCAUAGCGAGAUUGCGAGUAUGCAGGGGGUGGAGACCCACCGUGAGGAGUUGGCGGAGGAGUUGGAGGAGGAGGUGAGGCAGCCAUUCUGGAUCACUGGUGCCACCCUCCUCUCCGACGGGAGGAAAUCACGAGACGGGAGACCGAUCGUGAAUUUCCUUGUCGCCGGCUCGCGAGGGGUUGUCGUCUUCACGACGAUCAAUCGCGAGGGCGAGCCGGACGAUGCAGUGCACGUCCUUCGGAGAUGGGUGACCAUCUUCCACGAGUUCAGUUUCGGCGGCCCGCAGCGGGUCAAUGGGAUAGGCACAGACUCCGCAUCGGCGUACGUGGGGGCUGCGAGGGCAUUGGCCUCGCCGGGCAUCCCUCCUGCAAUCAGGAGAAUCACUUGGCUUCCGUGUUCCGUCCAUGUCUGCAACAAAUUGUUGUCAGACAUGGGGACGAGUUGCGAUGCGUUUGUGGAAGCGAUUACACGCGCUCGUGUUCUGGUGGUGUUUUUCAAAACCCACCAGGCCGCCCUUUAUUUCUUUAGGAAGCGCAACCCCAACAAGGGGCUUGUGCUUUCUUGCGAGACGCGGUUCACGUUUGUUUAUUCUAUGUUGGAGAGACUGUUGGCCCUGCUGGACGAUCUGCAGGCGAUGAUGCGAGGGGAUGAGGGGCGGGAGUUUUCUUCUAUACUGUGGUCCGCCGAUGUGUGCGACAUGGCGCGUUGGGUGCAUCGGCAGAUCAGAUGGGAGCCUUGGUGGCACACGAUGGACACCAUAGUCCACAUCAUGCAGCCCGUCAUGGAGCUGCUUAGGCGGAUGGAUCGUGGGGGGCAGUACAUGUCCCUCAUGAUCGAGUGGACACAGGAUCUUGUCUGCCGUGUCACUGAUGCAUGCGCUCCUUUGGGGAGGGUUUUCGCUGACCGCAUCAUCAGGCGUGUGCAGGCUCGCACACAGCACAUGCUGGAGCCUGCUCACUGCGCGGGGUUCUUACUAAACCCCCGCAGGCGACAUGUUGAGUACUUUUCGGGCGAGGUGAGGGAUUACCCUCGUUGGCUUGUAAGGCAAGCCAAGAGGUACAUUUUGACGCAGACGGGUUACGAGGAGGAUGGUGUGGAGUACAUCAUUGCAUGUCGGCAGUUUGAGGACUUUCACAUGCAGCAGGGCACAUUUGGGGAUUGGGGAGGGGGGGAGGGGCGUGCUCGCGGGCAUGCUUGCAGCGGCGACAGGCAGACGAUUGAGUGCACGUCCUGGUCUCAAUACGGGUCUGGCGCACCUGAGUUGCAGCGCUGCGCUCUUCGUGUGAUGCACAUGUGGUCUUGCACCUGUCCAGCGGAGAGGAACUGGGCAGUCCACGAGGGCAUUCACAUGAAGAAGCGCAACCAGUUGGCCUUUGAGAAGGUCGUUCAGCUCGUUGAGAUCACCGUGAAUGUGCGGUUGUCGAAGUAUCGGCGGGCUGGGUGCGGUUUUGUGCUGCCAUGGCAGCGGGACGAGGGCAUGCUAGACUGCCAGGCCGGACUGGAGUUGGAGCCAGUGCGCACGGGCACGCGCAGGGGGAUGACGCCGAAGGAGAUUGCCCGUCAGGUUGCGCUUAUCAUCCGGGAUCCUAUCGGGGUCUCCGCACCACCCGCAGUUGAGGCCGUAUUCGGUAGACGUGCUUCCAUUUUCCGUCCUUACCCCAGGGAGGAUGAUUCCGACGAGGAGCCGGUACCCGAGGCAGCGGACCACCCCGCGCUCCGCAUUCCCCGUGAGAUCAACGAGACGCACCUGGACCCCGAGGAGGACACCAGGGCGCAUACUGCACGACGGGCGGCUGACAGGGCGGAGAGGGAGAUGAUGGGGGGAGAGGAGUUGUGUCCUGCACCGCCAUCGCCCGUCGCGCCAUAUGAGCCGACCACGGCAGCAGAGGAUACGGAGGAGUUGGCGUCCUCUUUGCCUCAGCGCGGACUACUCUACAGAGGCGGGGCAGUCCGACAGCUGAGGUUACGAUCACCUUCUCCGGGGGUCUUGCAGGAGGAGGGGGGACCGUCGGCAACAGCAGUGGAGGGGGAGAUGGCAGUGGAGGGGGGAUUGGCGGACACGACGAUUGCAGUGGAUGUUCAUGUGGAGGGCUUGCAACAGGCGGUGGAUGAGGCUGUGCAGGYAGGACGGCGGCGAGACGARGGUGUGGGUGACGCACGAUGUGUGGUCCGGGAGACAACGACGGGUCUAGUCAUUCCGUUCUCGGGCCUGCACUUGGCUCAAGGCCGACAGUCGCAGCCGGUGCCGGUGGCAGUGCAUGGUGUGUCGCCAACCGUUAUCACGGAUUUGGGGUCCGAGCCGGUGGUUGCGCCACCGCGUCUUCCUAGUCACUUUGCUCCGCAGGAGGUCCGCCGUCCUUUGGAUGCAGACGAGUUGGCGAGACAGGCUGUCCGCGAUGUGACUCGCUUGGACCGGCGGGUCUUUGACCAGAGGCUACAGCAUCCACCAUGGCAAGCGAUCCCUCCAGUUCCAUGGGGUCCUGCAUCGUCGGUGUGGUCUGGGUCUACCUCCACCGGAGCACGUACGGCGGGAGAUGUUCCAGGGGUUUCAGGUGGUGUCGUGGAGACGGCGCCACGUACACGAGACAUGCCACCCCCUCCUCCUAGACCACAUGUAGGUGAUCCAUCAUCUUCGCCCACAGGCAGAGGCUCUCGAUCUCCACACACACCUGGGAGGUCUAGGAUUCGGGACACUACAGCCGUUGUGGGGGACGUGAGUGACACAGCGUUGUUCGGGAGGACAGACAUAAAUUUGGAUUCCACCCGCCGUGUCACGGAGCACACUGCACGUCUACAGCCGGGUUUGGGACCCCGUGACGGCAGGAUGACCGCAGCGAGGGAGGUGGCAGCAUCAGGUUGUGAGCCUCAGCGAGGUCGCGACAGAGGAGUGUCCGCCAAUAGCUUGGAGUACGCUCUGAUGGCAGCGACGCGUGCCGUACAUGAGCAGACUCCACGCAAGCGCAGAGUGCCUCCUCGUCCACGCCCCGUGCCCGCAGAGGGAGGAGAUGCACUUGGAGAGACUUCGGGGGCAGAGGGGUUGGGGAUGCCUCGUUGAUCGCGCCGUGAGCAGACGGUUACAGAGGCUAGUGCGAG